UUAUUAAAAUAAUAUCAGGAGUACUAGUUGACUACAAAAUCGCCAGAUUAUUCAUCACAAAGUCGUAAUUCUGUGAAUAAUAUGUGCAUGUGGACUGGAUGUGAUAUUUGAUACAUUUGAACACAGUGAAAUAAGCAGCUGCUGGACUUUUCGAUGUUUAGUUGAUAUUUUCUUGAGCGAUGUCUGCAAUAGCCACCGCCUCAGCUACCACUGUGUCAGUGGACGAAGAUGCCGACGAGUGUGGACCACAGUUGAUAUCUAAACUAGAGGGCAAUGGUAUCACAUCGGGAGACAUAAAAAAGCUGGAGGAAGCCGGGUACCACACUGUUGAGUCCGUGGCAUAUGCUCCGAAGAAAUGGCUGGUUACCAUCAAGGGCAUCUCGGAGCAGAAGGCGGACAAAAUACUGGCAGAGGCUUCUAAACUUGUGCCCAUGGGCUUUACUACUGCUACAGAGUUUCAUCAGAAAAGGGCUGAGAUCAUACAGUUAACAACGGGAUCCAAAGAGCUGGACAGGCUGCUAGGUGGAGGUAUCGAGACGGGCUCCAUCACGGAGAUAUUCGGAGAGUUCCGCACAGGCAAAACACAGAUCUGCCACACUUUGGCAGUCACUUGUCAGUUGCCGAUUGAGCAAUCAGGCGGCGAGGGCAAGUGUAUGUAUAUCGACACGGAGGGAACAUUUCGGCCGGAGCGCCUGCUGGCCGUGGCCCAGCGUUACGGCAUGGAGGGUGGCGCGGUGCUGGACAACGUGGCGUACGCGCGCGCAUACAACACCGAUCACCAGACGCAGCUGCUGCUGCAGGCCUGCGCCAUGAUGGCCGAGUCCAGAUAUUCCCUCAUAAUAGUAGACAGCGCCACAGCACUUUACAGGACCGACUAUUCAGGCCGGGGAGAGCUGAAUCCGAGACAGCAGCACCUGGGCCGCUUCAUGCGGAUGCUGCUCCGCCUGGCGGAUGAGUUCGGCGUAGCAGUGAUAAUAACCAACCAAGUGGUCGCUCAAGUGGACAGUGUGGGAGUGUUCAACGCGGACACCAAGAAGCCCAUCGGUGGGCACGUGUUGGCCCACGCCUCCACCACCAGGCUCUACCUGCGGAAGGGUCGCGGCGACAACCGCAUCUGCAAAAUCUACGACAGCCCCUGCCUGCCCGAGACGGAGGCCAUGUUCGGCAUCAGCACCGAGGGCAUCACGGACGCCAAGGAGUAGAUUUAGGGACACCACACACCAGUGCUGCCCUCCUAAGCUAAAAAGCGGUAUUCGCAUUAAGUUUUCAAUGAAAAUACGGCCUUUUAACUUAGGAGGGCAGAGCGUCUUUCGAUCGUCGGCGUCUAGUGGAAAAUGGCGUCGCUGCGCACUUGCGCUAACUGUUGGUGUAUGAUGAAAAGUCACUUUUUAUCAAAGAAAAACCGGUCAAGUGCGAGUCGGACUCGCGUUCCAAGGGUUCUGUACAUAAGUCCGACUCACGCUUGACUGCACAUUUCUAAUAGGUUUUCCCGUCAUCUAAUAGGUAAAGAACUAUAUCGGUACCUCAAGUGAGUCAAGUGUAACAAAAUAGACUGCCUGAAGUGCCUAACUAUAAGUAUUUCUUAUGUUGAUGUCGGCGGCCGAUCGUAAGAUCAGGCAUAUCGUAAAAUUCCUAGGCAUAUCGUGAAACGUGAAAAUCUUUGAUCCGUUCUCUGAGUCGACGGAGCCCCGCUACGCGGGGCUCCUAUUUCUGGGCAGUUUGCCCUUCGGGCAUAUGAAGCAACCUAUCCUACCUAUAUAUUGGUUUUAUGUGACUAUCGUCAAAACAUUACACAGGAACAUUACGAUCUGCCUGAUCUUACGAUCGGCCGCCGACAUUGACACGACAUGAUGGAUAAAAUUCAAAACGUUUUAUCUGUGUGAAGAGUAAAAUCGUAUUAAAAGAUAAAAAAAGGCUGACUAUGACGCAUAUGUAUAUGGCACCCGCACGACGACACUUCAUAAAAUGUAGUAGGUAUUUGUUUUUAUGGACAAACUGUAAUUUAAAUAUAUUAAGAACGGGUCAUUCGCGUAUUUUAAGUCGAAAAACGCUCGACAUGUUUCACUCCGUACCGACGCAACGCAAACUCCUGAUGACACUCCUCGGUACGGAGUGAAACAUGUCGAGCGUUUUUCGACUUAAAAUACGUGAGUGACCCGUUCUUAAUAUAUUUAAUAUGUCUGUGUCUCACUCACGAAAGUUUUGUUAUUAAAACUGUAAUUUAAGCUGCAAACGAUAUUGAUUAUUUAGCUAUUUAUAGUCCCAUCUUCUUGUUUUAAUUUUAUUGUAAAUACGUAAUUGUAAUUCUUAAUGAGACGAAUAAAAAUAUGAAUUAUA